AUGGAUAAAAGUCAACCUGGACUUGGAAUACAAUUAGCGAUUUUUGCUCCUGGUGAGUGAAGUUUCUUCAACAGAAGUGAAUACUAGUUUUAUUUAUAGAUUCAAUUGGAAUCCCUCGUGCUAGGAAAAUUCGAAAGCAGAGGCUCGCUCAACUUUCAUUUCUGGAGGAUCGCCUUGCAAUAUUUCCAAAAUCGUGAAUCACAAGAUGUAUUCUAUUUAUGAGGUGAGUCAUGAGAAAGAAAAUCGAUGAACGUUUGUUUUUCGAGUUUUUGAGCUUUGAAAGUUUCCAAAUUUCAAGUUUAUGACCAUUAUCACAUCCUAUCUCAAAAAGGUCGUUCGCAAUUUCAAAGUGAGAAAUGACAAUUAAUAAUACUACCAGAAGGGCUCCGCCGGCUAACGCCGGCUCCUCCUUCUGGAUUGUCCCGGCUUCGCGCGUAGUUUUCUUUAGGUGUAAACAGAAACAUGUUUCGUCUUAAAAUACGACAGAGUUGUAAUUUUUGAAAAGUUGGAAAAGAUUCUUUCCACAAAAACCGAAAUUUUGAUUUUCGUUGAAUUCUUUCUCCGAAAAAAAAAUCGGCCGAGUUUUUUCAAAAAAACAUGUUUCGUCCUAAAAUAUGACAGAGUUGUAAUUUUUGAAAAGUUGGAAAAGAUUCUUUCCACAAAAACCGAAAUUUUGAUUUUCGUUGAAUUCUUUCUCCGAAAAAAUAAUCGGCCCGAGUUUUUUCAAAAAAACAUGUUUCGUCCUAAAAUAUGACAGAGUUGUAAUUUUUGAAAAGUUGGAAAAGAUUCUUUCCACAAAAACCGAAAUUUUGAUUUUCGUUGAAUUCUUUCUCCGAAAAAAAAAAUCGGCCGAGUUUUUUCAAAAAAACAUGUUUCGUCCUAAAAUACGACAGAGUUGUAAUUUUUGAAAAGUUGGAAAAGAUUCUUUCCACAAAAACCGAAAUUUUGAUUUUCGUUGAAUUCUUUCUCCGAAAAAAAAAUCGGCCGAGUUUUUUCAAAAAAACAUGUUUCGUCCUAAAAUACGACAGAGUUGUAAUUUUUGAAAAGUUGGAAAAGAUUCUUUCCACAAAAACCGAAAUUUUGAUUUUCGUUGAAUUCUUUCUCCGAAAAAAAAAUCGGCCCGAGUUUUUUCAAAAAAAAAAAGCGGGCAAAAAAAUCAAUUGAUUAUUAUCGAAAAUCUCAUCGUAACCACGCGCUCCACCGAAAUAAACACGAAACGCAGACCGCGCCGCGCCACAACACACACACAAAAAAUGGAGGAAAUUUGAAUCGUUACCUUAUUUGUGUGUGUUAUAGCGCGGCGCGGUCUGCGUUGCGUGUUUAUUUCAACGAAAAAACUCGGGCCGAUUUUUUUUUCAUCCAACGAAAAAACUCGGGCCGAUUUUUUUUGAUCGAACGAAAACCGAUUUUUUGAAAAAACUCGGGCCGAUUUUUUUUUCAUCCAACGAAAAAACUCGGGCCGAUUUUUGUUUUUGAAAAAACUCGGGCCGAUUUUUUUUGAUCGAACGAAAACCUAUUUUUUUGAAAAAACUCGGGCCGAUUUUUUUUUUAAACUCGGCCCGAUGUUUUUUUCAUCCAACACAAAAACUCGGCCCGAUUUUUUUCAUCGAACUUUUUUUUUUUCAAAAAAAAAUCGGGCCGAGUUCUAUGCAACGCAGACCGCGCCGCGCUAUAACACACACAAAUAAGGUAACGAUUCAAAUUUCCUCCCUUUUUUGUGUGUGUGUUGUGGCGCGGCGCGGUCUGCGUUUCGUGUUUAUUUCGGUGGAGCGCGUGGAUACGAUGAGAUUUGCGAUAAUAAUCAAUUGAUUUUUUUUGCCCGCUUUUUUUUUUGAAAAAACUCGGGCCGAUUUUUUUUUCGGAGAAAGAAUUCAACGAAAAUCAAAAUUUCGGUUUUUGUGGAAAGAAUCUUUUCCAACUUUUCAAAAAUUACAACUCUGUCGUAUUUUAGGACGAAACAUGUUUUUUUGAAAAAACUCGGCCGAUUUUUUUUUCGGAGAAAGAAUUCAACGAAAAUCAAAAUUUCGGUUUUUGUGGAAAGAAUCUUUUCCAACUUUUCAAAAAUUACAACUCUGUCAUAUUUUAGGACGAAACAUGUUUUUUUGAAAAAACUCGGGCCGAUUAUUUUUUCGGAGAAAGAAUUCAACGAAAAUCAAAAUUUCGGUUUUUGUGGAAAGAAUCUUUUCCAACUUUUCAAAAAUUACAACUCUGUCAUAUUUUAGGACGAAACAUGUUUUUUUGAAAAAACUCGGGCCGAUUAUUUUUUCGAAGAAAGAAUUCAACGAAAAUCAAAAUUUCGGUUUUUGUGGAAAGAAUCUUUUCCAACUUUUCAAAAAUUACAACUCUGUCAUAUUUUAGGACGAAACAUGUUUUUUUGAAAAAACUCGGGCCGAUUAUUUUUUUAACCAACGAAAAAACUCGGCCCGAUUUUUUUUUAAUCAAACGAAAACCGAUUUUUUUUUUGAAAAAACUCGGGCCGAUUUUUUUGCCACGAGUCAAUUUUUGAUAAAAAAAGAAAUUUUGAAUGAAUUCGAUUUCCACAGAAAAUUGAAAAUAAUCAUAGAAAAAAACGGAACUGAAAUAAUUUGGGCUUAACUAUAUUGGGAUUCCCAAACACAUCAAAACUCACUAUCAAACAUUCACAUUAAAGUAUCUGUUUUUCUUCUUGUAAAAGAAAUUAUCCAAUAUCUGAAAGUUCGAACAGUAUAUAAAUUUAUCUACAGUAAUUUGACUCACUUAAUUUCCAUUCAUUUUCCAAACCGAUUAGGAAAAGAGUAAGAGCGAGAAAUGAUUAAAAAUGUCCCCCCUCUAUGAAUGAAAUAGAAAGAUCAGAUAAGAAACGUGACCUAGCCAUUUUUUCCGAUUAAAAACGUGUUCAUUCUUUUCUACACGAAAAAAGUUUUUAUUUUUCACGUGAAAACUUGCGCACUUUUGAAAUAUUUCGAAUAUCGUGCAUCAUCUACGAAAAAUUUGGAACACGUUGGUCCAAGUCUCAUUCAAAACGGUCUUCUAGAAAUUGAGUUACGGUCGGCGACACAUUUUUAUUUUCAAAAAUACAUUGAAUUUCAGGAGUUUUUUCAGUUAAAAGUUUCCCCGCGCACUACAACAUAAAACUUUGAAAUUUCAUAAUGUUCUGCAUCAUGCUGCAACUAUUUGGAAACUUUUCUUUUUUUAACCGAAACUUUUCAUGAAGUAGAAAAAAAGUUGGUCCAUCGGACAUACGCACCUCUUAAAAAGCAGUUUUCAAUUAGUAUAUAGUAGAUUGGAGAAUCAUCCUUAUAAAUCUAUUAUCCUUUCUCAAUUUUCAGCGUGAAAUGGCUUAUGGCGUCUCCACACAAUGCUGCAGCUCUCCUCGUUGGCUCAAAAUGAUGAGAAACAGAAGUUCUUGUCAAAAAAUUGCCGAAGUCAACACCAAAUCUUCAUUAGAAUGCCAAAGGAAUCUUCUGAUGCUUAUAUUCUACUCGUUUGGAGAUUGA